ACCAAGUUCGAAGGGGACCAUACCGCCAGCUGUUCCACCCCGAACAGCUGGUCAACGCCAAGGAGGAUGCAGCCAACAACUACGCCCGCUGCUAUAACUCCAUCGGCUUGCCAGUGCUGGAGCAGGUGCUCAACCGCAUCGGCAAGAUCACGGAGGGCUGUGACGGUCUUCAGGGGUUCUUCAUCUUCCAUUCCCUCGGCGGUGGGACAGGUUCGGGGCUCACCGCCUUGCUGCUCCACGCGCUCUCCAUCGACUACCCCAAGAAGAGCCGGCUCCAGUUCCUGGUGUAUCCAUCUCCGAAGGUAUCCAGUGCCGUA